UCGCCUGGUGUUAGCCUGGAGGUGUGGGUCAGUCUGUGUUUGGUCCGGUGCUUGCCAGCUGCUUGUCGUGCUCGGUCUUGCGUGGUUCGAGGGUUCGGGUGAUAAUAACAGUAACAUGGCACUCAGAGGAAAUGGAACGCUUAUCACGCACAACAACUCGACCUACAUCCCACCUUCCUUAAUGCCCGGAUACUGCGGCUAUGUUCCAACUUCAAAGUACUUGUAUGGAGACACAUUCGGGAAUGCCACCAUCAAAUACUUUCAGGACUUCCGCAGCGGGGCAAUGGCCUGCAGCACGAUCCCGUACAGCCGCGGUGGGAUGUUCCCAUCCAUCUUCUCCAACAGCGGGCUCCUAGUGUCGGCCCAGCGGGCUCAGAGCCGCAGUCCCUACUGGGCCCGUUUCAAUGUGGACUUCAAACGCCAGGAGACGCUGAAAAGCUUCGGAGAGCUCUCUCAGAAACACCGGGAGAGCUAUAAGGACAAGACAGGAAAACGACUUCCCGUCAAACACUUCGUCAUCCCAGUGAAAGAGAGCGAAAAAUACUUCUGGAAGCAGAUGUAAGAUCUAAAGUUGUGUAGUCAAUACAUAUUCCUGUAAUGUUUUUACAUGUACAUUUACGUGCUAUUGUGAACAGAUGCGUCUAAAACAAAAUACUACUGAUGCAACAAAAAUAUGUGUUACUUAGACUGUCAUAACUGCUUUCAAAGCACAUUGUAGGCUAUUGGCAAUGGACUUGUUAAUGCCUUGUAGUCUGUAUGAACUACAUUUAUAUAUUAUUUCAAAAUAAAACAUACUCAACCACA